UUCUGGUGGAGAACCGAAACCUAUCUUCAGCAGAUCUGCAGCACCGUGCCGUCAAAUGUCUUGACCUGGGAGAAAGUAUCUUCAGUAGCUGUUCGCAGCCUGCACAGCAACAUCAUCAACACCCAGCUGUUUUUCUUCAGAUAAGAACAAACGUUGAUUUCGACAUUAACGGAGAUCAGAAAGUGCUUCCGCCUUCUCCGCAGACAUUUCUGUUUGAUGGCUAGUCGAAUGUUCUAAAUUUUCUGGUUUCAGUGUCACGUUGGCCAUGAAUCAAGUCGUUUCCUUUGAAACAACAUCAGACCUGCCUCGAACUGAAGAGGACAAAUAACACUUUACUUCAAGCAGCUGGAUGAAGUGUAUGACUUCUGCUCGUUUACAGGAUGGCUGAAGGAGGAAGUUUGCAGAGUAAUGGAAAGGAAAUGCCACACUCAUCUGAACUUCCUGCAGAGAUUAAGAACUGGGACAAAAACCAUGUGAGAGAAUGGAUCCUCAGGUUAACAGAUGUGGAAGAUGAAUGUGCCCAGAUAUUGUUCGACCAACAUAUUAAUGGACAUAGUCUUUUAAUACUGAAGUAUUCUCACCUUAUAGAUGCAGGCAUUAAGCUGGGUCCAGCAACACUGAUAAUUCACAGGAGAGAUGAACUUGUAAAAUUAAAAGCUCAGCAGUUAAGCAGCCCGGAAAACCGGUCCAGCAAGUCUUGCAAGCCCUACCCUUUCAAUCAGUUUCAUGCUGCCUACAGAUAUAAAGAAAACAGUGUCCUUGAUGUAACAGAAACAGGUGCUCUAGACCUCAUAGAGCCAUGCCAUGAGUACAAAGCAUUUAUCAAUGUACCAACAGAGGAAAUGCUAAAUAAGUUCACAGAUGAAGUUAUCAGAUUUGCUGCUGCCUGCAUGAACAGCCGUACUAAUGGUACUAUUCAUUUUGGAGUUGGAGACAAACCAAACUUCAGUCAUGGGCAAAUCUUGGGUGCCAGCGUCAAAGAUAGGGAAGCAUUUGUUAAAGAAUUGGCUGAAGUGAUUGAUUGCAAGUUUGAAUACAAGCACAUUGAUGUGGCAAAAAAAUGUAUCAAACCUCCUAGAUUUGUUGAGGUUCUUUUAGCUGAUAUGACCUUCUCAGGAAAGUAUGUCAUAGAAGUAGACAUAGAGCCAUCAUUCAUAGUUUGCAAAGACAAUGUCUUUUACAUUUAUAGUGUAGACAAAAAGGAAUAUAAAAAACGAUCUAAAGGCAAUGAAUUCAAGACCGAUGAGAAGGCUGGUGGAAAGUUAUUCUACAUCCGAGACAGUAGCAGCAGCAGGAAUCUUCUUGCACAGAACAAAGAGUUCUGCAAAUUUGUUGAAAACAUAGUGCAUCUGAGCCAAAUGAGAAAAGAAGCUGAGGAAAAGCACCUUACUGUGGUUAAAGAGAGUGUUCAGGGUUCUAUGCUUUGUGAGAUGAUAACUGGAGGCUCUCUAUCUUUGGACAAGUCUCACUUUGAACAAUAUGUGUUGGUCACCAACAAAUCUCAUCCAGUUCAGAAAGAAUCACUUGCUUUUCUCCUGGACAUGAACCUGACAGCUGUUCUAGACUUUGAUCCAGAAUCUGCAGAGACUGGAUUGAAUAAGUCAUUUGAAGAGAGAAACAUUAAUGUUCAUCUGCCUUCCCAGUAUAAAAUCACAGAGGCAGUGGAGGAAAUUGCAAGUAAGCUAAAGUUAACCAGAACCACGAGCUGGGUUUUCUGCAAUGGAGGAAUAAACGAGGAAACACCCUCUGAUGUGGAUAAUUGGUUAACAGAGAAAGGUUCCUCCAUUCGGGAUGUUGUGUCCUUCCUUUGCCGAAAAGAUGUGUUACCUUGCAAGAAAUUUCUCAUCAUAUUCAUGCUGUUGAGUGAUGUUGCUGACAGUGAUCCGAUGCUUGAGACCUUCAGUAUGUUUUUGCAGGAGUUGAAGGGGAUAGACCAAAUCUUAUGCAUCUGUGGUAAUGAAAACUCAUACACUUACUGGAGAGAUCUCAUUGAGGCACGGUAUCAUGUAGACAUUUCUAGUAGAUGCAUCUAUGAGCUCAGUUUUGCUGAAAUGAAUGGCACUGUCCUCAGUCUGUGGUCAGAAAAUCGCAAAUCAAGCCGUUUCCUUCCUGGUGGUGGGGGUAAAGUUCUGUUACCAAAAAAAGUAGAAGGCAGCUUGGGUACACUGAGUAUUUUAUGUGUAAACCAGUGUGAGGGAGGGAAUGAGGACAAGUUGCAGCUAGAGGAAAGUUUUUAUAAAGGAGGGAAAGUGUCCUGGUGGAACUUUUACUUCUCAGAGCAACCAGGAUCAGUGCCUUUUAUCAAACGAGACAAAUUUGAACACAUCACUAAAACCAUUAUUCCAGUAAUGUGCUCUCUCAGUCAAGCUUGUGUUCGAUUCAACAUACUCCACACCCCUGGUUGUGGAGGAACGACUCUAGCCAUGCAUGUCUUGUGGACACUGAAAGAGAAAUUUCGUUGUGCUGUACUGAAAGAUAGAACAGUUGAUGUCAGUGAGGUGGCCCAGCAGGUAGUUACCUUGUUGACACACGAGGCAACUGAACAGCAAUCCCGGCUUCCUGUUUUACUGAUGAUAGAUGACUUUGAAGACACUGAUGCUGUGAAUAAUCUCCAGCAGCAAAUUGAAGAAGAAUGUCUAAAGAGAAAUGUGACUUCCAAGUCACCGCAAGUCAUUCUUCUGAACUGCAUGAGGGCUGAAUCAGAAGUACCAACUGAAUCAACUGAUGACACUGUUUUCAUUGGUAACAAACUAUCUGAGAAGGAACAGAGAUUGUUUGAGAAUAAGCUAGAGGAAAUUGAAAAGAUCUACAAAAAUGCUGAAACAUUCUAUGGUUUCAUGAUCCUAAAGAAGGAUUUUUCAUUGGAGUACAUUCAGGGUGUUGUGAAAAAUACACUGAAGGGCUUCAAUUUUAAGCAUAAACAUGCUCAACUCAUUGCAGUCCUAGUGCUCUUAGAUCGCUACUGUAGAACAGCAAGCUUGUCAGUCUCUGUGUGUGAAGAAUAUCUUGGUCUGUUAACAAAGGCAGAUUCAAAAUCAUGCAAAGUAGAAGAUGGAUUUGGGAAGUUUUCCACACUUUUGACACGAUGCACUGAACAGUCAAGCGUGGUAUUUGAAGCUGUGCGAGUAAUACAUCCCAGUAUGGCAGAGCAUUGUUUGGAAGAACUCUCAGCUACUUUUAGGGUGUCCAAAGCUCAGAUCACGGACUUCCUUCUCACAACAGACUUGUUUUAUGACUGCAUUCAGGGAAAGGAAAAACUUGUGCAAGAUGUUCACAACAUGUUAGUGAGGCGGAAUUAUUCGGCUGAGAAUCUACAGGAAGACUGCAAGUUUUCACCUCUUAUCCAAGCAAUUGCAAAAGAGACACCUGGAUUUGAGGAAAAUGUUUUGCUCAAUGCAGCAAAGCGCUUUGCGAAGGAUGCAGUUAUAUCUCAGCUUCUUUCUAGAUACCACUACUUGAGGAAGAAGGACUUUAGAGAGGCAAAGGACUGGGCAAAAAAGGCAAGAGAAAUCCAGAGGGAUAACUCCUACAUUUGCGAUACAUCUGCACAGGUGAUCAAGCAUGAGCUUAAAGAUGCCAUCAGCAGUGGCCGAGACAAUCCUGUAAAACCAGACAGGUUAAAACAGUAUCUUGAAAUGGCUCUCUCUGCAACAGAGGCUUUCAAAGAGACCCAAGAAAUUGCAAGAAAAGAAGUUCUUGUUCGGUAUCAGGGAAAAAAAGAUUUUAGCCCAUACAAUACUGCUGGUCGUCUUGGUGAGAUUCAGAUUGCCAUUACAGUGAUUGAAAUACUGGAAAGAAUCCCAGUUUUUUCCAAAGAUGAACUUCGACACCGUAUCCUUACUCAAGUUCUCUCAGGCAAGAUGAAAAUACAGGAUGUGGCAACAAAUGAUCCAAAGAAACAAAAGCAUGCAUCAUAUUACCAUUUUCUGCAGGAAUUUGCAGAUUUCCUUUACAAUCUCAAAGACAACAUGAAAAAGCACUUUGAUUUCCUUGACAAUUAUUUUGUCAACUUGGGCUCAUUUUAUUCCCAGAAAGAUAGUCGAGAGUUAAGGACACGGCAGGAGGUCGCAAGGUGCUUUCGUCAAUAUGCCAAUCUGUUUUGCAGUUCAGAUGCAAAGGAACUGUCGAAGAACAGGAUGUUGAGCGACAUGCUCAAGGUUGACAAAGCACGUCAAUAUCUGGAGAAGAACAGGGCUGAUUCAUACAGUGGCCUGCUGGAAUGUCUUUCUAGUAAAACCUCUGGAGAAAACAUUGAACAGAUUGUCCGAAACUAUUCUUUUAUAUUAAACAACACCAGCAAAAAAGAUGAUGGACACUUCAAAGGCACUGUAAACUUCAUCUAUGCAAAUAUUGUGCUCAGUCAGAUUAAACCUGAAUCACAGUCCUUGUGGGCCUACAUGAAGAUUCUUAACCUAUUGUGUGACUCACUUAAACGUCCCAUUCCCCUCAAUGAAAGCUUGCCAUUGCAUUUCAUUGCAGUGGUGAUGCUUUGGCCAGAGAGUAUCUCUGUUUUGUCAGGUGGGGAUUUGAGCGAUAAGUUGGGAAGUCAUGUGUCACAGCUGAGAAAUUCUUUCUCAAAUGAGAUGAAGCCAGUGUUGAAUGGCAAGAGAGCAGUUGUUCAUUUCUACUUGGGAAAGAAGACAGGUUAUCAACGCCUGAUCACUCAAAAGGAAAUUGACAAAUGUGUGGAAUUAGAACAGAGCAUGCAAAAUGGAAAUAUGUGGAAGAACGAGAAAGUCCGAAGUAUCCUCCGCAAAGUUACUGGAACAGUUAAUAGAUGCGGCAUUGUGGCCGAUACUUCAAAUGAUCAUUUGAAAGUUCAAGUUUUUCCAAUGUUCAGAAGUCCACUGUGUGGCGAUUUGGGAGCCAAGGUGUCCUUCUUUGUUGGAUUCACCAUGAAUGGCCCAGUUGCGCUUGGCAUACAGCCAGAGUCAUAACUUUUCUAAUGGUCUGACCAAUUGCACUUUUCCCCUUUCACCAGGCCUUUGACAGAUUAUUCAGUAUGCUACUCUGUCACUGAACCUGCAGACUUGUGCACAGUUGGUUAAUAUUAAGUAACCUAGAAAAUUUUAACUAUUGAAGAAAGAAUUACAUAUAAAUGAUUGUACUUCUAACUAAAGACAGUGUAUAUUUUGUAUGUAGUGUACACAUGAAUACUUUGUGUUUUUUAUACUUUUUACCAAAUUCAAUAUGUUUUUUUUUCUUGGCACCAUCAUCUACUGUAAUUAGUAAAGCAAGACCUAUUGUGAAAUGAAAGAGCUUACAGAGGUACACUGAUCAUAUAUAUAUUUUUGUCAUGGUGUUGUAAAUGUACUGUUUUUAUACCAAGAUUUGAUUUUUUAAAAGUUUUUGAUAUCUAAUAUAUAAUGUACCCAAACCUGUUCUUGCUGUUUGAACAUUGAUCCUGUUUAUGUUUUUCUUUUGGAAAGAUUUUAUUCAAGGCUCUUUUUCUGUGUUAUAUCAUAUCUUAAAUUAAUGUGGCAGACCAAAAUAUCUAUAGUGUAGUACACAACCACAAUUUAAAAAAACUUGCACGCACUUAAUUUAACCACGAGAUAACAUAGAUCACGUGUCAGAUACUUUUCUUAUAAGAACAGUUAAUGUGUAAAUGUCCAGGAAGUGACGAGACUAAUGGCUGGGUUCUGGGAAAGAAGUGAUGUCCCAAACGUUGUUCUUGAUAAAGGAUUCUAGCUGUAUAAGGGCCAUUCCACCGAAUGGAUGCCAUUUACUUGUAACUGAAGUAUAUUUUCAGCUUAUAUACUCUAUUUUUCUUCACUAAUAUAUGUAACCAUUCUUCUAUAAAGACUCCUCCUAUGGAUGUCACUAUGUCUAGAGUAUGUAUAAAUGUUUUCAGAUGUAUACCAUAACACCCUAUAUAAGCAGGUCCACAAGCUUGGGGGAGGGGGGGGGAGCAGAUAUUGUCUUAU